CCGGCCGCUCCCCCUUCCUCUGCAUUCGCUCUAGGGUUUGGGGGCGCUAGGGCGCGGAGUCGUCAGCUCCGAGUCGUAAGCAGUUCUCCGCGUAGCUCCGAGUCCAGUACCGGCGUGCGAGGCAGAAGGACGUGGCAGGCAGGAUGUCAUUUUCAAAAUCCGGGAUGGUGCCUCUGCCUCAUUAACUGCCGUAGGAAGGCUGCUACACCUAGGCGGAUGCUUGCUUAUUGAUCCUGACCGUUAUUCCGACUAACGCCCUGUGUCGUUGAGUAUAUCUGUUAAGAUGCUUUAGAAAAAGAAUCAUGGAAAAGUAUGUUAGACUACAGAAGAUUGGAGAAGGUUCAUUUGGAAAAGCCAUUCUUGUUAAAUCUACAGAAGAUGGCAGGCAAUAUGUUAUCAAGGAAAUUAACAUCUCAAGAAUGUCCAGUAAAGAAAGGGAAGAAUCAAGGAGAGAAGUUGCAGUAUUGGCAAACAUGAAGCAUCCAAAUAUUGUCCAGUAUAGAGAAUCAUUUGAAGGUCAGAUAAAUUUUGCAAGAGAGUUCAAAAGAACUAAGCCAUGUGACAGCUUUAAUAUAUUUUUAACCAAAGAUGGGACAAUACAACUUGGAGAUUUUGGAAUUGCUCGAGUACUUAAUAGUACUGUGGAGCUGGCUCGAACUUGCAUAGGGACCCCCUACUACUUAUCACCUGAAAUCUGUGAAAACAAACCUUACAACAAUAAAAGUGACAUUUGGGCUCUGGGGUGUGUCCUGUAUGAGAUGUGUACACUUAAACAUGCAUUUGAAGCUGGCAAUAUGAAAAACCUGGUACUGAAGAUAAUCUCUGGAUCUUUUCCACCUGUAUCUUUACAUUAUUCUUAUGACCUCCGCAAUUUACUCUCUCAGUUAUUUAAAAGAAAUCCUAGGGAUAGACCAUCAGUCAACUCCAUAUUGGAGAAAGGUUUUAUAGCCAAACGCAUUGAAAAGUUUCUCUCACCUCAGCUUAUUGCGGAAGAAUUUUGUCUAAAAACAUUUUCCAAGUUUGGAGCGCAGCCUGUACCAGCUAAAAGACCAGCUUCAGGACAAAGCUUGGCUUCUUUUGUGUCUGCUCAGAAAAUUACAAAGCCUGCCGCUAAAUAUGGAGUACCUUUAACAUAUAAGAAAUUUGGAGAUAAAAAAUUACAUGAAAAGAAACCACUCCAAAAACAUAAACAGGCCCAUCAAAUCCCAGUGAAGAAAGUGAAUCCUGGAGAAGAAAGGAGGAAAAUGUUUGAGGAAGCAGCAAGAAAGAGAAGGUUGGAAUUUAUUGAAAAAGAAAAGAAACAAAAGGAUCAGAUUAGUUUAAUGAAGGCCGAGCAGAUGAAAAGACAGGAAAAGGAAAGGUUGGAGAGAAUAAAUAGGGCCAGGGAACAAGGAUGGAGAAACGUGCUAAAUACUGGUGGAAGUGGUGAAGUAAAGGUAGGCAUUGAUACCCAUGUGGUUACACUAUUGUGGUUUUUUAUCCAGUUUCACCUUCAUCCUUUACAUAUCUGUGGGAAGUAUAGGUGGCCUUUAGAAGUUGAUAGUCCCCUUUGGCCAACAACUAGCAAGAAAGUGGUGACCUUAGCAUUAUGGCCACAAGGAAAUGAAUUCUGCCAGGAUCCAGUGAACUUGAAAGAGGAUCCUGAGCCUCAGAUGAGAAUUGCAGUUCUGGCUGAUGCCUUCAUUGCUGCGUGGCAAAAGGGGCAGCUAGCUGUGGAAAGAGCUAAACAAGUAGAAGAGUUCCUACAACGAAAACGGGAAGCACGGCAAAAUAAAGCUCGAGCUGAAGGACAUAUGGGAAUCCUGCAAAACCUGGCAGCUAUGUAUGGAGGCAGGUCCAGCUCUUCAAGAGGAGGGAAGCCAAGAAACAAAGAGGAAGAGGUUUAUCUGGCAAGACUGAGGCAAAUAAGACUGCAGAAUUUCAAUGAGCGUCAACAGAUUAGAGCCAAACUUCGUGGUGAAAAGAAAGAAGCUGAUUAUUCUGAAGGACAAGAAGGAAGCGAGGAGGCUGACAUGCGGCGUAAAAAAGUUGAAGCAUUUAAGGCCCAAGCAAGUGCACGUGCUGCUGUACUAAAAGAACAAUUAGAACGAAAGAGAAAGGAAGCAUAUGAGAGAGAAAAGAAAGUAUGGGAAGAGCAUUUGGUGGCUAAAGGAGUAAAGAAUUCUGAUAUGUCUCCACCUUUGGGACAACAUGAAGCAGGUGGCUCUCCAUCAAAGCAACAGAUGAGAUCUGUUAUUUCUGUGACUUCAGCUUUGAAAGAAGUGGGAAUGGACAGAAGUUUAACUGAGACCCAGGAAACCUCAGAAGACAUGCAGAAGACUAACACUGCUAUUUCAAGUAAGCGAGAAAUACUACGUAGAUUAAAUCAAAAUCUUAAAGCUCAAGAAGAUGAAAAAGGAAAGCAAUGUCACUCUGAUACUUGUGAGAUAGUUGUUAAUGAAGAUGCCAAAGAGCAUGAAAAAGAAAAAUCGGUUUCAUCUGAUCGCAAGAAAUGGGAGGCUGGAGGUCAACUUGUGAUUCCUUUGGAUGAGUUAACAUUGGACACAUCCUUCUCUGCAACUGGAAAACAUACAGUGGGAGAGGUUAUUAAAUUAGAUCCUGGUGGAUCUCCAAGAAAAGUCUGGGGGAGAAGCCCUACAGAUUCAGUUCUAAAGAUACUUGGAGAAGCUGAACUACAACUUCAGACAGAACUAUUGGAAAACACAACUGUUAGAAGUGAGACUUCUCCUGAAAGGGAGAAUUACAAACCUUUAAUUCCUGGAGAAAAAAAAGUAGAAUAUAUUUCACUUGAAAUGAAUCCAUCAGCUACUGUUGAUUCUUCUGUUGAAAUGAACAGUCCAGAGUUUAGUGAGGCAUCUCCACAGACAUCAUUGAAGCCAGAAGAAAAUGUGGAUGAAGCUGAUGGCUUAGAAACAGAAGUUCUGCAAGAGCCAGAUGGAGCAAACAAAGAUGGUAGCUUGCCAUGCACGAUUAUUGAUGUGUGGAUUAGUGAGAUAAAAGAAACAAAGGGAACUGAGUUGGAAGAUAGGAUCACUGUUCAGCAAAAUGAAGUUUCUGAAGAUGAAAUCCCAAACAAUGUGGACCACCUUAGUGAAGUUGAUAUAAGACCUGAAAUAGGUGAUUCUCAGCACCCUAAAUGUGAUGUUGAUAAAUCUGUGCAACCAGAGCCAUUUUUCCAUAGAGUGGUUCUUUCAAAACACUUGAACGUAGUCUCUCAAAUUCAGUCAAUUUUAUGUUCACCAGAAGAAUCCUUUCCACUUCGAUCUCGCUCUGAUUCACCAUCAAAAAAUAAAAGCCAAAAUUCCUUGCUGAUUGGACUUUCAACUGGUCUAUUUGAUGCAAACAACCCAAAGAUGUUGAGGACAUGUUCACUUCCAGAUCUCUCAAAAUUGUUCAGAACACUGAUGGAUGUGCCCACUGUAGGAGAUGCAUGUCAAGACAAUCUUGAAAUAGAUGAAAUUGAAGAUGAGCAUAUUAAAGAAGGACCUUCUGAUUCUGAAGACAUUGUUUUUGAAGAAACUGACACAGAUUUACAAGAGCUUCAGGACUCUAUGGAGCAGUUACUUAGGGAACAACCUGGAGAAGAAUACAGUGAGGAGGAAGAAUCAGUCUUAAAGAACAGUGACAUAGAACAGACUGCAAAUGGGACAGAUCUGGCAGAUGAGGAUGACAAUCCCAGCAGUGAAAGUGCCCUAAAUGAAGAAUGGCAUUCAGAUAACAGUGAUGGUGAGAUUACCAGUGAAUGUGAAUAUGAUAGUGUCUUUAACCAUUUAGAGGAACUGAGACUUCACCUGGAGCAGGAGAUAGGCUUUGAAAAAUUCUUUGAGGUUUAUGAGAAAAUAAAAGCUGUUCAUGAAGAUGAAGAUGAAAAUAUCGAGAUUUGUUCAACAAUAGUUCAGGAUAUUUUAGGAAAUGAACAUGAACAUCUUUAUGCCAAGAUUCUUCAUUUAGUCAUGGCAGAUGGAGCCUAUCAAGAAGGAAACUCUAACUUUCCCUCAAAUAUGAAGGAUAAUUUGCCAGAUUAUUGA